ACACAAGUCCCAACGACACAGAAAUGGUCGACGAUACGAACUACACAAUUCCAAGAAGAUAAUGGAAGAUCCUCUUUUACCGGAAGACGAGCAGCGUACCACCGGGAAUCCAAAGCCGCCGCCGACAUGGCGGAUGGAUUUUACGGCGGAGCUGAAGAACGUCAGCCGCAUGGCCGCACCUAUGGCCACCGUGACCGUUGCUCAGUUUCUAUUGCCACUUGUAUCGGUCAUGGUAGCCGGCCAUCGUGGCGAGCUCCAGCUCUCCGGAGUUGCUCUUUCCACCUCUUUCUCAAACGUCAGCGGCUUCAGCAUCAUGUAUGGGUUAGCGGGUGCACUUGAAACUUUGUGUGGCCAAGCUUAUGGAGCCAAACAAUACGCCAAACUUGGAACCUUCACGUACUCUGCAAUCGUCUCCAACGUACCCAUCUGCGUCCUCAUUUCGAUUCUCUGGAUUUACAUGGAUAGGCUCUUGAUUUCAAUCGGACAAGACCCUGACAUCUCCAAAGUAGCUGGCUCCUAUGCGGUCUGGCUUAUACCGGGUUUGUUCGCUCAAGCGGUGCAACAACCUCUAACUAAGUUUCUCCAGACUCAGGGUUUGGUUCUACCUCUUCUCUACUGUGCUUUAAGCACACUUUCGUUCCAUAUACCAGUUUGCUGGCUUCUGGUCUACACUUUUGGUCUCGGAAGCAAUGGAGCCGCCUUGGCAAUUAGUGUGUCUUACUGGUUUAACGUCUUGAGUAUCGUUUGCUACGUGAGAUUCUCCAGUUCUUGCGAGAAGACUCGCGGUUUUGUAUCUGAUGAUUUCGUUUCUGGCAUCAAACAGUUUUUCCAAUAUGGAGUACCGUCUGCAGCGAUGACUUGCUUAGAAUGGUGGUUGUUUGAGCUCCUUAUAUUGUCCUCAGGACUCCUCCCUAAUCCGAAACUCGAGACCUCUGUUCUUUCGGUUUGUCUUUCAACAGGAUCUUUACACUAUGUCAUUCCAAUGGGUAUUGCGGCUGCUGUGAGCACACGGAUUUCAAACGAAUUGGGAGCCGGGAAUCCAGAGGUUGCCAGGCUUGCAGUGUUUGCCGGUGUAUUCCUUUGGCUCCUAGAGGCUACCAUUUGUAGCACAAUUCUCUUUAUUUCCAGGAAUAUUUUCGGUUACGCCUUUAGCAACAGCAAAGAAGUUGUGGACUAUGUGACAGAGCUAGCUCCUUUACUCUGCUUCUCAUUUAUCGUAGACGGGUUUGCAGCAGUUCUUGGUGGUGUUGCUAGGGGAAGUGGGUGGCAACAUAUUGGAGCUUGGGCAAAUGUGGUGGCUUACUACCUUAUUGGAGCUCCGGUUGGACUUUUCUUAGCAUUUUGGUGUCACUUUAAUGGUAAAGGGCUAUGGAUCGGUGUGAUCUUUGGUUCUACAUCGCAAGGCAUCAUACUUGCUACAGUCACUGCUUGCAUGAGUUGGAACGAACAGGCUUCCAAGGCAAGAAAAAGAAUAGUUGCAGAGCCUUCUUCGUUGGGCAAUGGAAUUGCUUGAAGGGUUUUUUAUGUAAUUUGAUACAAUUCACAGAGAUUUUGCUUUUCUUCGGAUAUGGGAUAUUAUCAUCGUACUUUGUCAACGUAGUCCCUCAUACAAUACUGAAAGUUGCUCUUUACUUGAUGAUCCGUACUUGAAUAAACACUUCAUGGUUAUC